ACUAUAUCUGAUCAGCAUGAGUCAAUUAGAUUCAGGGGAAAUGGCAGAAAGCAGUGUAGAGCAGUAUUGCAGUAUUUCAGAGGCAAUGAAACUGAUAAGCGUACCUUUCGACGGUGAUCGGAGAAAACUGAAAGAAUUUAUUGAUAACAUGUGGGUGUUAAUCCUGGGGAUAAUUGCUAACGGAGUAGCAGAGGGCGUAGCGCUCGACGUACGCAUUGAACCGGUUCAGAGUUCACCCGGGCUUUACUAUCAGCACGAGGCAGAUGCAAGAUUAUAUAACAGCGAAUGGAAGAUUGUGACUUACUUAAAUCUGAAGCAGGCCAGCGACAAUGUUGAUACUGUAAGUAAAUAUAUUGAACAGACUGUAGAAUUUUGCAGAAAGCAUGACGACACGUUAUGGCUAAAUUUGACAGAAUGCAGGACUAUUAACGAUGCCAACAGAAAGCUAAGGAACGUGAAGGAAAUGAGGAGCCUUGUUUCCCAGCUCACUAGGACCGAGAAGGUCGUUCCUAGACGCAAAAGAGGACUAUUCAAUUUCAUAGGACAGGUAUCACAUUCGCUUUUCGGGGUGUUAGACUCGGAUAAUGAAGAGUUUUACAACAGUAAAAUUACGCAACUCGAAGGGGAGCAGGCUGACUUAAUAAAGUUAUCACGGGAACAGAUGGUAGUUGUUAAGUCCACCCUAAAAUCUGUUAACAAAACAUUAAAUGAUGUUUCCAACAAUGAAUUAAUUUUGAAAAUGGGAUUAACAGAAAUUAAGGAGUUCAUUAACAAGGAGAACGGUCUGAUAAAGGAAAAGUAUGAGUACACCGCCAUGUUAGUGGCAUUGAACGACCAUGCUAUUCAGAUACAGAGAGCCUUAGAAGAAGUGAAGGAUGAGUACGACAUUUUGAUUCAAUCUUGCUUGAACGCGAAGCAGGGGAUCAUGCAACCACAGGUACUGUCGCCAAGCCGUUUGCUUGAAGUUUUGAAAUCCAGUCAGGAUGGAUUUCCCCGCGACUUGCAAGUACCAGUUACCCUGAGCGAAGCUUAUCUGUAUCAAUUAGUUAAUAUUGUAAGCAUAGAAGUAUAUAUAGUGGAUAGUAAUCUUUUAUAUGUAGUAAAGGUACCAUUAGCAACUCAUUAUAUAUUUGAUGUGUAUAAGGUCAUACCAUUUCCGAUGAAGGUUAAAGAUACCAUUAACAAAUUUACCUUCAUACAGCCAGAGAAAGAAUACAUUAUGUUAGACACUACAAAACAAUUUUAUGUAAGGUUACAUCAGAAUGACUUGGGAAUGUGUAAAAAGAUGAGUAACAGUAGAUUGGUGUGCAAGCAAAGUUUUCCCCUACAAGUCAGCCACACAAGCAGCGAUUGUGAGGCUCAGCUGUUACAGCCGGUCAGAGCUAUUCCAAAGAGUUGUGCACAAAGAAUUUUGGAAUUGAGGGAGACGCUCUGGACCCCACUAAGAGAUAAUUCAUGGAUUUUCGUGGCCCCCGUAACAGAUCAUAUAACCAUUAUCUGUCCAGAUCAAGCACCUUCCGAAAUUGAGGUAAAGGGUAGUGGAACGUUGAUGUUUCUUGCAGAUUGUACGGGAUAUGGUGAUAAGAUAAUGAUUAGAUCCCUCACCACGCACUCUGUGAACAGCACAAAGAAGGAUAUUAUUCCACCUUUACAAUUGGAGUUUGACUGUUGUGAGGCACCAUUUAGUAGAAUUAAUCUGAAUGAAUUACAGCUGGAGUCACCAAUAAAGAACAUACUCACUCACAAUGAUGAACUGGAAAUGGCCAGCUAUAAGAUUAAGGAAGUAGAAAGAUUAAUUGCAGAUCAGGAGUGGAAAAUGAAACACUCAAUAACUACAUCACGGUUGUCAAUACUAGCAACUAUUGGUUCUGUUGCAUUAGGGUUACUCAUAAGUGUGCUAUGUUGUUGCUGCUGUUGCAAAUGUUGCAGGAAAUGUUGGCCGAGGUUCCUGAAGUGGUUCACGGAUGGUGAUAACUGUAGAUCUAUUGUGUUUAAACCUAGGAUCAUAAAUAGUGUUCAUGCAUCCUCUGAUAGUCUUCACCGACGAGGUAUGACUCUUAGCCUCGCUACUAAUGUGAAGGACGCAGCUGAAUCAGAAGGUGACACAACUGAGUUGACCCCAAUGAAUAUUGUUGUAACCCCCAAAACAAGUAGGCCUAGCAGUAAGAAGUUAGCCGUAGGAAAAAGUUAAAUAACCAUAGGUUCGAAGAUUGGCUAAUAAAGAAUAAAUGAACCGUAUUAGCCAAUCUCCCUGAGGAAGGGAGGUGUCGUAUCCAGGGUUGCGAACCACAUAGUAAAAAAUCUCUGACAGUUUAGAGUAAUUAGUUAAGGAGAUUUAUGUGUUUAUCCGAAAGGGAGCCAAGGGAAGUUGUAUAUGUAUGGCGACCCUAAUAGGGAGUGAGUGACACAGACCAGCUUAGUCUA